AUGAGCGAAAAUCCUUUUUCCUCUUUAUCGAGGGAAACAUUAGAAAAGCAGCUCAUUAAUAACUUAAAACAUAUUAAAUCUCUAAAAAAGCAGAUUGAUGAAGGAAUUCAAUCCGUUGAACAAUUAGAACAGAAGAAUAAAGAAUUAAUAGAAAAUAACAACAAAUUAGUGGAUAAAAUUGCCAUAUUAGAAGAUGAGAAUGAAAAAUUGAAGCAAAGGAAUGCUGCUUCUGGAAUUGCAAACAUUGGUAAAACAAUCACUUCAAUUAUUACACAGAAAAAGAGUGAAUUAACAAUAUCAUCAAAAUUAGAUAUUACUAACUUAGUUCCUCAUAUGUAUGAAGAAUCAGAAUCUGAUUCUCCACAAAUAAAAGCUUUGAAAAUCGAAAUUGACUCUUUAAAUCAAAAAAUCAAGAAUUUAAAUCAAAAUGAAGCAUCAAUUCGUCAAUUUUCCGAUGUUUUACAGUCGAAACUUGAAGUUUCAGAAAUGGCCAAAUCAUCUUUAACAGAAAAGUGCAAUCUAUUGCAGAAAUCACUUGAUAACGCAAAUUCUGAGACAAGUGAGAUAAAUAAACUGUAUCAAACUACUAUGGCUUCAUUAUCUUCAUUACAAAAAGAAUAUCAACAGUACAGACAAAAAUCAACAGAUAUGGAGACACAAAUGCCUGCUUUACUUACAGCCCAACAAGAUCUGAAAGCUGCAAUUGAGAACAGAGACACUGCAAACGCGCAAUACGAACAUUUGAAGGAAGAAAUCAUUUCUCUUCGUGUCCAAGCUGAAGAAAAUGCAAGACAAGUUGAUCAGUAUAAAGAAGGACUCAAGAAAUCAAUGAGAAACGAUAAAGAAAAAGAUGAUAUAAUUCAGAAGUACAAACAGAAGCUUGAAGACGCUGAAUUAGAGAAAACAGAGCUACUUAAACAGAUUGAAAUAUAUAAAGAUAUUCAAACAGACCAUGAAAAGCAAGAAAAAGUAUUAAAAGACCAAAUUUCUGAAAUUCAAAAGCGAAUUGAUAGUGGAAAGGCAUCAGAAGAGACAGAAAAUAAAGUAAAGAAGAUGAAUAGGAUGCUUGAGAAAUCAAAUAUGCUUUAUGCAGAGCUACAAGAAAAAUAUGACAAAAAUGAGACAAGAGUUCGAGAAUUAGAGAAGCAAUUACAUAAAGCAAGAAUACCUGGAAUUCCUUUCGUUAAGUUUGUUGGUCCAAAAGCAACUUUUGUCCUUUAUGAUAAUGGAAUUUUUCAGGAAAACACAGAAGCUCCAUCAGUUCAGUCAUUCGUGUUUGGAUAUGCUAAUAAGAGUGAUAAAUCUGUUCAAGUUUCAGGUGAAGAACAGGCUUCUUACUCAGAACAGCUAAUGCGACAAUACUUUUUAGCAAAUGAUGAUACCCGUAAAAGCAUUAUUCCUAUUAUAAUGCAAAUACUCGGAUUUAAUGAAAGUCAAAUAAGAGCAGAAACAAAUAAGCUCAGAGGCGGAUUUAAAUUGUUUUAA